AUGAUUGGGAUGGUGAAUGUGCAGUGCGACAGCACAAUGGACUUCUAUGCGGCUCCAAGGCGUUCACCAAACGCCGCCGCGCAGGCGGAAGCGAAUUCGGCGGUGGUGGCUGAGAUUGGGAAUGAGAAAGGAAAUGGAAAGAAGGAGAAAUCAACGAACGUUCAACGGAAACUCUCUUACAGACCGCUCUUCGGCCGACGAAAAAUCGAGAAGAUCGCCUAUUCGGCUGAUGGAAGAAAGAUGAGCAAUGGGGAAGUGCUCGAGAAGCACAGUCCAAAUAAACUUUGGGAGGAGUUGAUCAUUCGCACGUUCGCGAAGAAAGUCGAGGAUGAUGUGAAGUGCCCAUUGGAGGGGAUGAGACAACUUGGAGAGGGAAUACAAACGAUUCGGAAUCUAGAUCGUCAACAAUCGUGCUCAAUGUAUUCACUUGUUUCCGAUCAUCGUUUGAUGGCUGAGAUUGAAGAGGGAGAGAAAGAUGAGGAGCACUUCCAUCAACAACAGCAACAACGCCCGCUCAAGGUGGUCGGCUUCUCUUUCGAU